AUACAGUAACAAAAAAAAAAAAAGGGGAAAGGUACGUGUACCAGCUCAGCAGUACAAUGAGUUGGUACACCGGGCCAAUUAAGUUCCACCACGUGCGUAAGAGAGGGAAAAAAGAAAAAGAAAAAGAAGGGUAUGCUUUCCCUCGCCGCCCUCCGUCUUUUCCGCUGCCCUUUUUCCGUCGCCGCCUCCCCCCAACGCUAUUCCUCUCCUCCGGCCCCUCGCUGCCAAGUCCGCCCUCUUCACCCUCAUCUUCCUCCUCCACUUCCACGCCCUCCACUACUGCAGCGUCGGCGCCUCCAUUCUUGCCUACCUGGCCGGUGCUCUUGCCGCCAAAACCCUCUUCGACGACCUCUGCUCCUUCGCUGGCCCCUGCUCUGCCCGCUGCGGCCAUCGGAUUUGCGGUCUCGCAGCCUUACCUGUCGUCGUCUCCCUCCUCUCCUCGCGGCCUUGCGGCCCUACUCGUUGCCCCCAUCGAUUCGCGGAGAUCGAGGAAUUCGCCCCCGUCCGAUCCGAUUCAUGGCCGCCGGGCACCCGAUCUGCCCCCGUCGCUGUUGGAGGCUCCCCGAAGACCCUGCAGCGCUGCGGUGAGUGGAGGUGCCCCCGGCCGCCAUGCCGUCCCGUAGCCGCAGGCUCGUCCUCCUCGUUCUCCAGUUCUUGGAUGAGGAAAAGGUCAACGAGGAGCUCUUCAUUUCACUUAUGUUGAUGUGGCGAGCUGGCACAUUAGAUGGACAGGAAUUGGCGUGAUAUUACCGCUAAGCUGGUAAACCUGCUGACGUAGGAUAUAAUUUCUCGACACCCUCGGGAGUCAGGUCUGAUAAUUUUUUUCAAGGGAGAAAAAGCAGGACAAUUUGACUAGGUGGGGGUGUCCUGGACAUUGCUGGAAAGUAUGGGGGCGUUUCCGUGAGGGAAAUGCCUUGGCUUUCCGGGCAACGAAGGGAAAAUUACAAGAAUGGGCUGUUUUCCUAAAUACGAUGAAGCUUUUGUUCGCCUCCUCUCGCUUUCCCAUCUUAUGUCUGCGGCUGCGCCACCGUCUACGAGCUUGUGCGCGUGAACUUUGAAUCCGUCGCUGACCAAACCGAUUGUAAACCCUACCCCCCUUCUUCUUCAAUAGAUAAGAAGAAGAAGAAGAAGAAGAAGAAGAAGAAGAAGAAAGAAAACAAACCUCCAUCAGUCUUCCCUUUUUUGUUCCGCUACCUCUCUCUCUCCUUCCACGCGCCGCCCUCCUCUGACCCCCGAUUCCUUGUUUCCUCUCCAGCUAACAAGUGUUCAUUCGAAGGGCGUCCGCUGCCUGCUCCCCCACCUGAAGAAGAAUCCUUGCCACUCACCAGAUUCUCAAGAGCAUUAAAAUGAUGUCGAGUUCAUCUGAGAUGUCGGAAAAGAAUAGUGAAAAUUUUGAGCAGCAUACACGGGAGGACAGUGAAUAUGCAAGGCUGGUUGUGCCAAAUGAGGCGAGAACAGUUGAUGUUAAUUCUCAACAGUCACUUGAGAAAUCAAAGUCUAAGUCCUUCUUCUGGUGGAUAAAGCUUUUAUUUUGUUGCUUGCUUCUAAUACCACUCACUUACGCAUUCGUGAAAUGGGGAGUCCCAUUUGCUUUUGAAAAGGUUCUCCUGCCAAUUAUGCAAUGGGAAGCAACUGCUUUUGGUCGGCCUGUUCUUGCCCUUGUGCUCGUUGCCUCCCUAGCUUUCUUUCCAGUUGUUUUGAUCCCUUCUGGACCCUCCAUGUGGCUGGCAGGAAUGAUUUUUGGGUAUGGUCUGGGUUUUGUGAUAAUCAUGGUAGGGACUACAAUUGGCAUGGUAUUGCCCUAUUUGAUUGGCUUAUUUUUUCGUGAACGUAUACAUUCAUGGCUGAAGAGAUGGCCUCAGCAGACAGCUCUUCUUAGGUUGGCUGGAGAAGGGAGCUGGUUCCAACAGUUUCGAGUUGUUGCACUCUUUAGAAUUUCGCCAUUUCCUUACACGAUCUUCAAUUAUGCCGUAGUGGUGACAAAUAUGAAAUUUGGACCUUAUUUAGUUGGUUCAAUUGCUGGAAUGAUUCCAGAAGCUUUUAUCUACAUCUAUAGCGGACGGUUGAUACGGACUUUGGCAGACAUGAAAUAUGGCAAUUAUUCCAUGACACCCGUGGAGAUAGUCUACAAUAUCGUAUCCUUUGUCAUAGCCAUUGUCAUAACAAUUGCCUUCACUGUAUAUGCAAGGCGAGCUCUAGAUGAUCUCAAAAGGGCUGAAGGCAUUGGCAGUGCAAAUGACGACCAAGGUGGUGCUUCGUUGGAACUCGAAAAGCUUCCACAGGAAAGACCAAGGGCAUACUCUUUCUCAAGUGAUAAUGUAUGAGUGAGAAUUUGCUAUAAAAUAAAAGGACAGAAAAAAAGAGAAAGUACAUGUUAAAAUGGUGAUAUGUGAUGCCUGAUUCAAGCCAUAUAUUUCUUAGAGAAACGAAGCCUCUGCAUGUAUAGAAGAAGAAAAGCUAAAAAAAGCCAGCAGCAAUCAUCCGUGGAUGUUAGGAAUGGGAUGGGGAGCCAUGACAGAAUUUUGCUCGAUUAUGUAUUUUAUUGCAUCCAUGUUUUGUACAUCCAGUUUUCAUUGAGAGAAAAUUAAACAUGUGCUAAUUAGCUUAAUGGGAUCCUUGUUGGUAUUAAAUGAAUUCAGCUUUGUUGAUAAA